GUAGAAUUUUUCAACGUCUUUGACUUCUCACAAUCUCUUCAUCCUCAUAAAUUUCAGAUCUUCUGGGAAUUACCCAUUUCAAAUCAGGCCUUCAAAUUCAUCUUCCAAUGGCCAAAUCCUUAGUUUUCUUUAUACUUUUUAGCUUCUGGGUCAGUUUCAUUUCGGGUCAAUACCCGGGUCUCGAGGCUCCAUACAGGAUCCACACUUUGUUCUCCGUCGAAUGCCAGGACUACUUCGAUUGGCAAACCGUCGGGUUCAUGCACAGCUUCAACAAGGCCCGACAACCCGGUCCGGUGACUCGGUUACUGAGCUGUACGGACGAGGAGAAGAAGAAUUAUAAAGGAAUGGAUUUGGCUCCCACUCUCGAGGUUCCCUCCAUGAGUAAACACCCGAAAACUGGUGAUUGGUACCCUGCAAUUAACAAGCCUGCCGGAAUUGUCCAUUGGCUAAAACAUAGUAAAGAUGCGGAGAAUGUCGAUUGGGUUGUGAUUCUCGAUGCGGACAUGAUCCUCCGAGGUCCGAUUAUACCUUGGGAACUCGGAGCAGAGAAAGGCCACCCCGUUGCUGCGUAUUACGGGUACUUGGUAGGAUGUGAUAAUAUUCUGGCUAAAUUGCACACGACGCACCCGGAGCUCUGUGACAAGGUUGGUGGGCUUUUAACCAUGCACAUAGAUGAUCUUCGGGUUCUAGCACCUUUGUGGCUUUCAAAGACGGAAGAAGUACGUGAAGACAGAGCUCACUGGGCGACCAAUAUAACCGGUGACAUUUACGGGAAAGGCUGGAUUAGCGAGAUGUAUGGUUAUUCAUUUGGUGCCGCAGAAGCUGGACUUAGGCAUAAGAUUAACGAUGAUCUGAUGAUCUACCCGGGCUAUACUCCACGACCAGGUGUUGAACCUAUUCUUCUACAUUACGGGUUGCCGAUUACUGUUGGAAAUUGGUCUUUCAGUAAAUUAGAGCAUCAUGAAGAUGGGAUUGUUUACGAGUGUGGGCGACUCUUUCCCGAACCUCCUUAUCCUAGAGAUGUUAAAUUCAUGGAACCUGAUCCGAAUAAAAGGCGUGGCUUGUUCUUGAGUAUCGAGUGUAUUAAUACUAUGAACGAGGGUCUUCUGUUACAACAUGCCAGAAGAUGCCCGAAGCCAAAGUGGUCAAAAUAUCUAAGCUUUUUGAAAAGCAAAACUUUUGCUGAACUAACUAAACCGAAGCUGCUUACUCCUCCUAGGUUACAAACUGAGCCGGCCAAGGAGGGGAAGGAAAGUGAUGAAUAUAUAAGACCAUAUCCGAAAAUUCACACCUUAUUUUCGACAGAAUGUACUUCUUAUUUUGAUUGGCAGACUGUAGGACUCAUGCACAGUUUCCGCCUCAGUGGCCAGCCCGGAAAUAUAACACGUCUUCUCAGCUGUACAGACGAGGAGUUAAAGCAAUACAAAGGCCAUGACCUGGCACCAACUCAUUAUGUCCCUUCAAUGAGCCGUCAUCCGCUUACAGGCGACUGGUAUCCGGCAAUUAAUAAGCCGGCUGCUGUUGUUCAUUGGCUCAACCAUGUAGACAUCGAUGCAGAGUAUGUGGUUAUCCUUGAUGCUGACAUGAUCUUGAGAGGCCCAAUUACACCAUGGGAGUUCAAAGCAGCACGUGGCCGACCAGUUUCAACCCCGUAUGAAUACCUUAUUGGCUGUGACAAUGAGCUUGCUAAACUUCAUACUCGCCAUCAGGCUUGUGACAAGGUUGGAGGUGUUAUUAUCAUGCAUAUCGAUGAUCUCCGGGAAUUCGCACUGCUAUGGUUGCUGAAAACUGAGGAAGUUCGAGCUGACAAAGCUCAUUAUGCAACAAACAUCACUGGAGAUAUCUUCGAAUCUGGAUGGAUCAGUGAAAUGUAUGGUUACUCGUUUGGUGCAGCAGAGUUGAAUUUACGGCACCUCAUGAGCAGCGAGAUAUUAAUAUACCCCGGAUAUGUUCCCGAACCCGGUGUAAAGUACAGAGUUUUCCACUAUGGCUUGGAGUUUAAAGUCGGGAAUUGGAGCUUUGACAAGGCGAAGUGGAGAGAGGUUGAUGUCGUCAACAAUUGCUGGGCUACGUUUCCGGACCCUCCCGAUCCUUCAACACUCGAACGAACUGAUGAGAACUUACUUCAACGAGACCUGCUUAGCAUAGAAUGUGGGAGAAAACUAAAUGAAGCACUGCGUUUGCAUCACAAGAGGAGAAACUGCCCCAACCCUACUCUCUUAUCCAAUCCGAAACCGGAUACAACAAAGGAUAUUGCAACUUCAAGGAAACUCGGUAGGUCUUCCAGGAACGACGACGUAAAAGGCAAUCCAGUGCCCAGAAACCAUUCUCCGGAAUCAUCUGAACCUAAAGUUAAAGAUGGCCUCUUCAGUACUUUAAGGUUCUGGAUCAUUCUCUUAUGGGUGUUUUCCGGAUUAGGUUUUAUGCUAGUUAUGUUCGCGGUGUGUUCGAGUUACGCAGGCAAGGGAUCAUCGAAAGGUAAAAGAACAAAAAGGAGAAGAGCUUAUACAGGGUUCUUAAAAACAAAUGAACGUGAUCGGCAAGCUCGGAAGUCGGACAUCUUUGUAACAUCGUAAGUCGGUUCUAGAGAUGAACAAUACAUAGUUCGAUAGCGAUUGGAGUGAGAACCCGAGCAUGAUAUAGAGGUCCAAGAUAAAGAGAUCAGAAAAUUCUAAGCUUCUCUGGUUUUCUAACGGCAAACGAUCGUCAUUGUAGUUCGUGUUUUGUUGCGCAUACUUCGGUUCGAAGCUCCCACGGAGAAAGACAUGGUAUAAUCUGUUCAAAUUUUGGUUUCUGGAAUUGUAAAACAUUACCCUCGAGUUUCUAC